AACCGGAACCUGAGGAACAGGAUUACCUACUGUUUACACCAGCUUUACUUUAUGUGGGGUUGUUUGAGCUAAAAAUAUAGUUUAGAGCUGUGUGACAACAGUGUGUGUAUUUUGAAAGCAGAGUAGUGUGUGUAUGCGUGUGAAUACUGUGUGUGUACAAUACUAUGUGUGUGUGAGCGUGUGUAUACGGUAUACGGUGAGUGUGUGUGUGUGUGUGUAUAGACCAGCCCAGUAGCCCCCUCCUCCUCCUCCUCCUCCCUCCUUCCCCUCUCUCUCUCUCUCUCUUUCUCUCUCUCUCUCUGUUCCUCCGCAGCAGUUCUUCUUGCUGGCUCUCACUCCAGAGAUGGCCGCGAAAGUGUGCAGACUCCUGCUGCCCCGAAGCGGCGCGGCGGCGGCCGCCUCUCCCUUCUCCUCACACCGACCUCAGCCGCACAGCAGCACGGAGGCGCUGUCCAGGCCGUUUGCCCAGCAGAGUUUGAGAAGAGGACAUAGCCUGAGGUCCAGCGGCAGUGCAGCACUCUUCAGCCAUCCUCUGCCUUCCCGGGGCUGGAAGAGUUCUCCCACAUGGCACGCUGAGAGACUGCUGUGUUCUGCUGCUGCUUCAGAAGAGGUGUCGGUGGCGUAUCAGAACGGCUUGCCGGUGGUCUCGGUGAGGCUGCCAUCUCGACGGGAGCGCUGCCAGUUCACUCUGAAACCCCUCAGCGACAGUGUGGGUGUAUUCCUCCAGCAGCUCCAGGCAGAGGACCGGGGCAUCGACCGGGUCGCCAUCUACUCCACAGAUGGAGCGAGGAUAGCCUCCUCUACAGGCAUUGAUAUCCUGCUACUGGACGACUUCAAGCUGGUCAUUAAUGACACCACACAUCUGGUGCGACCACCCAGAAGAGAGCUGAUGGCUCAUGAGGAGGCGGAGCGGCUGAACGACGUGAAGUUUUUGGUGCAGCAGCUUUACACCACCCUGCGUAUAGAGGAGCACCAGCUCAGCAAAGAGAGAGAGCUGAUUGGACGACUGGAGGACCUCAACUCUCAGCUCCGCCCUCUCGAAAAGGUAAAAGAGGAGCUCAGUAAGAAGGCAGAGCGCAGGACCACCUGGGUGCUGUGGGGGGGCAUGGCCUACAUGGCCACUCAGUUUGGAAUACUAGCACGACUCACCUGGUGGGAGUACUCAUGGGAUAUCAUGGAGCCUGUCACCUACUUCAUCACUUACGGCACGGCCAUGGCCAUGUACGCCUACUUCGUGCUCACGCGCCAGGAGUACAUUUACCCCGACGCCAGAGACCGGCAGUAUCUGCUGUUCUUCCAUAAGGGGGUGAAGAGGACACGCUUUGACAUUGAGAAGUAUAACCAACUGAAGGACGCUAUCGCAGAGGCCGAGUUGGACCUGAAGCGUCUGAGAGAUCCUCUCCAGCUCAACCUCCCUAUUCAGCAGAUCAGCACCAGCAAGGAUUGACGGGAAGAGUGAAAGCCUCCCUUCCUCCUUCCUUCCCUCCUUCUUUCUCUCUCUCUCUCUCUCUCUCUCUAUUUAUCUAUCUCUAUAUAUCCUUCUUUCCGUCCAGCCCUUCUUUCACCCCUUCAUUUCUUUUUUUUUUUGUUUACUUGUUUUUAAUGUUUCCCAUUUCUUCCUCUCUUUCUCUCUCGCUCUUUAUCUCUCUGACCUCUGACUGAACCAUCUCCACUCGAAAAGCAUCGGAGGCUUUUAAAUACUAUUACUUUUACGUUCUUUACAGUUUCUUUUUUUUGCUGUUUGUUUGUUUUCUGGUGGGAUAAACUCUUGAGUGACACGGCGAGUCAGAGCAGAGGAGGAGGGGAUGGAAAGGAAAUCAACAGAAAAGCGAGAAAGGACCCUGAAACCUCUCUGGUGCUGGAGGCUGGGAGGGUACUGGAGGGCUGGUUGAGCCCACAGCCCUGUGUGAGCGCUCUGCUGACACUUACAGGACCUCAGAGAGAACAGCAGCAGCCUGCAGGAAGACCCUGCUGCCUAACAGGAAGUGAUAGCUGGAUCUCCAACGAACAGUGACCCCUGUUUUACUCUCAGCAUGGGAUAGGAAAAAAAAAGAAAAAGAAAAAAGCUAAAGGCACGCACACACGCCCGACGGUUCAGCACUUCUCAGCAUAGAUUUCUGAAAUAUAAGAACUCUACUCAGCUGACUGAGACCUGAGACUCGCUGGAGUGAACUUCUACACUCGUCUCCAGAGCAGAAAAUAGAGAUCUGGGGCCGCGAGGCUCUUUCCCAGUGCUGGACGUGUUUACGAGAGACUUUCAGCUGCAGGGGACGUCGUCCCGGACCGUCUCCGCAGCUGCCGAACCACACCUACGCUGCUACCUGUGUGUGAAAGGAAACAGGUGGAUGGGGGGAGGGGUCACCUGAUGAGCAUCACUCCUUAUACAGACCUGUUCCAGGCUGCAGACCAGAGAUAUACCGGCUAAACAUCACUGUGUGUUCUAUUAUUCAAAAAAAAAAAAAAGGAAAAGAAAAAAAAAAUACAAACAAGGAAAUUAAUUUUGGCACUUUUUAUUUUAAAAGCCAUAUUAUAUUUGUUAUGAUGGGUGAAAAAAAAUAUAUGUAUUACGAGAAUGACUAGAAUCUACUUAUGUUUUUUGUUUUCCUACUGGUGGAGGAGUUGAUCUUUUUAUCAUCCCGUCAGACACGUACCGACAUACGGACAUGCAGACAUACGGACAUACGGACGUACAGACAUGAGAACCGGGUCUUUAGUGUUCUAUUAAAGAUGCUCGUCGCAACGCCAGGUCAUUUUACUUGCCCUCAUGCACAACUACGACAAGUUGAGUGAUUAAGAAUUACAUGUUAUGUGUUCGGAAACUCGAUUUUCAUCCUUUAGAAAAAUAAGCAAACAAACAAAAAAAAAAAAGCUACGUUACCCACAGUGCCUCGCAGCGCCUGGUGCUGAUGCUGGUCAGGGCUCUGCUAUACUCCUGCACGGCCUCACCUGCUGCUCUGUGUCUCCUAGCCUCAGCCCCCCCCCCACCCCCCAACCCCACCUUCCCAACACCUCACCGUCCUCCACCCUUCAGGACUGAAGGGGUGAGCUGACGGGAGUCCGGUACAGUAGGACGACUUUUUAAAAGAUGUAAACUGAGGUGAUUUUCGUGGCGUUUUUUUCAGCUGCACAUGUCCUCCUCCGUAUGCCAAGAACAUAGCGGGACGUGGAGAGAACCGUGUAAUAUAUAUAUUAGAUCCUAGAGUUAGUGGGUUUCUCUCACGUUUUUGCAGCAUGCUGUAGCGCGUGACUGUUGCGUCCCCCACCGUACCGCCCCGUACCCUCCCGUACCGCCCCCGACUGCCCCGUCCUUUCCAAUAUCCCUACUGUACUGCCCCAUAACCUCCUGUAUCCUCAAAUACCAGCCUGUACCCUCCCACACUGCCCCAUCUUUUCCCAUACCCCUACUGUACCACCCUGCAUCCUCCCGUACCACCCUAUACUCUCUUCUGUACCGCCCUGUUCCCUCUCCCGUACCACCCUGUACCCUCUCCUGUACCGCCCUGUACCAGCCUGUACCCUCCCAUACCGCCCUGUACCCUCCUGUACCGCCCUGUACCCUCCCGUACCAGCCCGUACCCUCCCGUACCGCCCUGUACCCUCCCGCACUGCCCAGUCCUUUCCCAUACCCUGUCUGUACUGCCCCAUAACCUCCUGUACCCUCCCGUACCGCCCUGUACCCUCCCGCACUGCCCCGUCCUUUCCCAUACCCCUACUGUACUGCCCCAUAACCUCCUGUACCCUCGAAUACCAGCCUGAACCCUCCCGCAGUACCCUAUUUUUUCCCAUACCUUUACUGUUCUGCCCUGUACCCUCCUAUACCGCCCUGCAUCAUCCCGUAAUGCCCUGUACCCUCCCUCACUACCCUAUCCCCUACCCUCCUGUACCCUCGGUGCCGCCCCGUACCCUCCCGUCUAUAAACGUGGCGUUUUUUAGCUGACAGGCCUUAGAGCAGACGUGCGUUUUGAAGCAGUAGAAUCUGUGAGGUUGAAUAUUGGACUGUGCUUAAUCACAAACACCACUUUUUAUUUUGUGUUCCAUACACCCCAGGUACACACACCUGAACACACCUGAACACACCACAACAUACCUGAACAUGUUUGGCAAUGGGAAGCUGAUUUGGCUGAAUUUGCUGAAUUCACAGAGCCUGGGUCAACCACGGAUUAAAAAUAUUAAAUAGAGGAAACAGUUUUUAUAAUUUAUGCUCACAAUUUUCUCUUACUUUGAAAGGACGCUUUCAUAUGUUCCUAACUGAUCUAAAGGAUUUAAAUGUGUUUAUAUGCAGUAACUGGUAAAGAUGGUGUCAUUAGAGUAUCUUAGAGUUUAUUUAUGCUUUAUAAGGACAUUAUAGCUUCAGAGAAAGAGUUUUAACUGACUUUUCCUGCAGUAAAAGAGAAGCUAUAAUGUCCUUAUAAAGCAUAACUGAACUCUAAUAUACUUCAAUAAGAGCAUCUUUAUAGUGCAGUUAAACACAUUAAAAUCCGUCUGGAUCUGUUGAAUCUGUCAUGUGCGCACGAAAGUGAAUCUCUCGACUUAUAGAAAUUAUGAGCUCGAGCUGCGAAAUCGUUCCCUCGAUUUUAUUAUUUUGUUAUGCAUGACCCUCCCGCGCUCUGUAAUCAUUUCCUUUGUCCUUCCCUCAUUGAUAUUCUGAAGUCUGAGUCCACGUACUCCAAUUAUCUGACUGAGCUGCAGUUGGCUGUGCACUGUGUGCUGUGGUUUAGAGUCAGACCUUCUCAUAGUAGGAGACGCUUCAACCAAAGAAAGGCCAUAGAAUGGGCAGAGUGCUCGGGUUACGAGGGGUUAUCCUCCUCAGAGCUGGAGCAGGGUCACUAGAACUUUCGGUUUAAUCAAUGUCCAGCAAUGUGUGACUCUUGUUGGAAGGAAAAGCACACUCACAUAUCACAUAUCAACCUGUGUCUGAGUGUUUAGGAAUAGUCAGAUAGGUGAUGGGUUUGAUGAAGUGGAACUUUAGAUACAGAACUUUAGAGCAGAUACCACAGAUUUACCUCAAUCAAUAAAGAAGAGAAGAAGCCCUGCUAGUUCUGUUUUCAGUGUUUGGAUCGUUUUCAACAACUUAAAAGUGAUGUAAAAAAAACAGCUAAGGCCGGGUUCACACUACAAGAUUUCAAGCCUGAUUUUCCAGUCAGACAAAAGUCUAAAGAGCCAAAAUAUUGGAGGAAAAUAGUUGUUUGGUUACUCAGUGCCGGCACAGUCGCUCUCUUAGUCUCUGAGAGUAAAAGACCUUAAGACGUGAUCUGAUUGAUGACAGAAUGAUUGCUGAUCUAUUGCAAUUCCCAACUAAUACAUACCAGGUUUGAUACCUGAUUGGCUCUUUCUUCAGCCAAUGAGAGCACAAGACACAGGGCGAGCCAAAAAAAAAAAAAGCAAUGGUGGAGGUGUAUGUGUUAUUUAUCUGUUCUCUCAUCCGUAUUUGUUCAUUUUUGCUGCAAAUCAGCCCACAAACAACUUGUAUCUCUCCUUUUUUAUUUCAACAGACUUUUUUAUACAGAAAAAAAGGAAACAUGUCUCUUGUGCAGUUUAAAACAUUCACCAUUCUCUCAGUUUCUAUGUGUUUUUUUGUUUUUUUUUUAAUUAAGCUUAAUUCAGGAGAGCAGUCAGGCUCGCUGUGUGUUCCUCCUGGUGAAAGAUUGUGUAAUUUGUAAUUUAUGGCCCUGUGUUGCCAAAACAAGAGAAGUUAAGUAGUUAAAAAGGUCCAACAAUCGCUCACAACGACGGCUCUGAAAGUGUAGUGUGAACUGUGCCUAAUUGAAAUUCUUCAAGCUGAAAAAAGUGCUUCUUCUAAAGCUUCUUCUGUCUGAUCCUGAGGAAAAGUCUGGAGGAUCCAGAUCAGAUCAGGAGUUUUAGAUUGAAGGGUUGCAGGAGAGGAGAGAUAUAUCAGGUCCAGAUCUGAGGAAGGCUUUUUGAAGGAUGCUGGAUGUGGGUACAUACUGUAUAUCGAGGCGUGUGCUGUCGGCUGGGAUGAUUAUUUUGGUGUCUGGUUUGUGAUUGGCUAGCAUGAACAGGGUUUGAAUCUCCUGAUCUGAGUCUGAGUUGCCGAUUGGACGUUCUGGCGAUGAUAUGAGGUUUGCCAAUAGUAGAGCGAGGUUGAGAAAGUCUAACUGUUUUUUUUAUGCAACAGACUGAAGGCAAAGUGCAAAUCAAUAAAGUUCAGUUUAGAGCAAUCCCUGUCCGUACCAAUCCCGAUCAAUUAGCAUAAAUCAAUCCCAUCCUGCACCCUGUCCCUUCCUUACUGCUCACAUCAUCAAUAUCCAGUAUCAAUAGUCCUCAUACGCGAGUGCAUGCACAGAGAAACGUGAGGGCUGAGAUCUUCUCCUUUGUCCAAAACGCUCCUCUUCCAUUGCCUGGAACGACCUGAUGAGCUGAUACCAAAUCCACCCUCAGUCCUCUCAGAUCUCACCAUUGAUCAUUUUUUACUUUUGUGGGUUUUUUUGGGGGGAUUUCUUUAAGGGUUUCUCAUUUGUUGGUUUGUUUUUUGUUUGUUUUUUACAAGAGUAUAUCUAAUAUAUGGAACUUACUCUAAAGCGGGUGUUGCAUGAAUGUAUGUUUACAUGGGGAAAUUAUAUAAAAAUGACCCAAAAAAAAUUGCAGAGAUUUGCUGAUUUAUUGGUUUUUUGAGGGUUUGGUGCAGUUUUUUCCUCCCUCCACACGUCCUUAGAGACGGAACUGCCUCAUAAACACAGGCAGCCAACGUCCAGCCACCCCUCACUUUAUCUCUUUCUCUCUCUCUCUUUAUCUCUUUCUCUCUCUCUCUUCUUUAUCUCAAAUCUUCAUCAUAUCUUCACAGUCUCCCCUGUCACAUGGAUUAAGUUUUGAAUAUGUGCAUUAUUUUACAUUUUUAACUUAAGGUG